AUAAAAAUACCGUUCCCUGUCUUCCUUACGUUGAAAAAAUUUCAUUGUAUAAUUCAUCGCUUUAUCGAAUCAAUUGACCAUUCGGUGUCCGAGAUUCGAUUCCAUUGAUAAACCAGUCAGGCAUUCCAAUAACGAAAAUCGGUCAAUUUUUAAUCAUAAAUGAGAUGCGAUGGAACUUGUUAAGUGAUGGUUUUUUUUUUUUUUGAGUGUCCGUACAAGUUUCGUCUUCGGUGAACAAAAACGUGGUUCGAUUUUGUACAAAGAAAGUGUGUGAAAAGUGAUAGAAUAUGUGAUUAAAAUAGCUCUCGUUAGGCGGGAAAAACAUUUUGAAACAUUGAAUUUGAAAUGAAACCACUUUCUUGUUAAUAAUAUCAAUGAAAUCUUAUUCAUCGCGCGUGAAUAUACGCGGUCAAGUGGAUGAUAGCCUGGAGCAAAACCUAUCAGUCUAGCCGUCUAGUUUUCGAAAGAAAGUUAUAUCAGCAACGCGUGUAACUUGGUCCGAAGUUCGGCGGCGUUAAUAGUUGCAAAAUUUCACCAAGAACGGUCGAAACUUUCGGCUGCAGUUUUGCCGCCAUUCACACAACACGUGUGAACAACAACUUGAUCUUGAGUGAAAGUGAAUCCGUCAUUAUAACUUUCAAGAUUACAGAAACAGCGAGAGUAUCGACUCUCUCAUUUCCUUCCUGCCUGCCAGUCGGCGACUUCGUCCAUUAUCGCCAUGGCGUUUCGGAUCGAAUGACCAUAAACUUCGCCAAAAGCUAACAUCGAAGAACCAAGAUGUCGACCGGCUUGGCAGCGCUUGCUGGAUCCUCUUCGCUGUUGGGACUGACCGCCAUUCCGCUGAUCGCCAUCGGCCUCAGCGUCAUUCGCUACAACAGCGUCGACCCAGAGGGUCAUCCAACCGACGCAAGACAGCUUCUGCCGAUGUACGAUUUCAUCGUUAUUGGGGGUGGAAGCGCUGGAGCCGUGGUGGCUUCAAGGCUAUCGGAGGUAGCGAACUGGACGGUGUUGCUCCUCGAGGCAGGCGGCGAUGAGAACGAGAUUUCCGACGUCCCGGCGUUGGCGGGAUACACGCAGCUUUCGGAGUUCGACUGGAAGUACCAAACUUCACCCCCGGGUGCUUCGGCCUAUUGCCUUGCGAUGGUAGGGGAUCGAUGCAACUGGCCUCGAGGCAAAGUUCUGGGGGGCAGCAGCGUCUUGAACUCGAUGAUUUACGUGCGCGGCAACAGACUGGAUUACGACGGCUGGGCAGAGCUGGGAAACAGCGGGUGGAGCUACGAGGAGGUGCUGCCGUACUUCUUAAAGUCGGAAGACAACAGGAACCCCUACUUGGCUCGAACUGGGUACCACGGCACCGGCGGCUACCUGACGGUACAGGAAUCGCCGUGGCGGACGCCGUUGGCUGUGGCAUUCAUCAAGGCAGGGAGCGAGCUGGGCUACGAGAACCGAGACAUAAACGGAGCCAACCAGACGGGCUUCAUGCUGGCCCAAGGGACGAUACGAAGAGGGAGUCGCUGCUCGACGGCAAAGGCGUUCCUGCGACCGGUACGAAAUCGGCGAAACCUGCACAUAGCGCUGAAGGCGCAAGCAACGCGGAUAAUCUUCAACAAGAACAAGCGAGCAAUCGGGGUCGAGUAUGUGCGAGACGGAAGAAUGAACGCGGUGCGAGUCCGGCGAGAGAUAAUCAGUUCAUCGGGAGCGAUCGGUUCACCGCAGCUGCUGAUGCUGUCGGGAAUCGGGCCGAAGGAGCAUUUGGAGAGUCUCGGAAUCCCGGUGCUGUCGGAUCUGAAGGUGGGCGAAAACCUGCAGGACCACGUGGGCUUGGGCGGCCUGACGUUCAUCGUCAACGAGCCGGUCACGCUACGGAAAGACCGGUUCCAAACGCUGCCAGUGGCCAUGGACUACAUAGUGAGCGAGAGAGGCCCGAUGACGAGUCUGGGCGUGGAAGGUCUCGCCUUUGUGAACACGCGCUUCGCCGAUAAGUCAGGUGCCUUCCCGGACGUGCAAUUCCACUUUGCGCCAAGCUCGAUAAAUUCGGACGGCGGCGAGCAUAUCCGACGGAUAUUGGGGCUCAGAGAUAGCGUCUUCAACACCGUAUACAAACCGUUGCUAAGUGCGGAGACCUGGACAAUCCUGCCUCUGCUACUGCGGCCGAAAAGUGCCGGCUGGAUUCGACUUCGGAGCCGCGACCCGGCGGUUUACCCGGACAUCAAUCCGAACUACUUUACCCACAAGGAAGACAUGGACGUGCUGGUAGAGGCCAUCCGCAUUGCCCUUCAAGUGUCCAACACAACGACCUUCCAGAGGUUCGGAUCGCGUCCUCACAUGAUACCCUUCCCCGGCUGCCAGAGGUUUCCAUUCGACACCUACGAGUACUGGGAAUGUUCCAUUCGCCAUUUUACCUUCACCAUUUACCAUCCCGUUGGAACGUGCAAGAUGGGACCGGCCGAUGAUCCGGACGCUGUUGUCGAUCCCAGGCUUAGGGUUUACGGCGUUCAAGGGCUCAGAGUCAUCGAUGCUUCCAUCAUGCCUAAGAUUGUCAGUGGCAAUCCCAACGCCGGCGUGAUCAUGAUAGGCGAAAAGGCCAGCGACAUGAUCAAACAGGACUGGCGUGUGCACAAGAAAUUCCAGGGAACGGGGAGGUAGCAAAGCUCGCAAUAAUCCGCGGACAUCACGAGACACGCAUGAUGUUUAUCAGCUCCGAGGCUGUGCGACUGCUCUAUUUGCAUCCACCAAGUCAUUUCGAUAAAACAGACGAAUGGAAUUGGCUCAAAUUUCGACAGUGCACUGCGUUUUAAUCGCGGAAUUGGGAAUAAAACAGUCUUGGUGAGCGAGGUAGUUUCACUUUUCAUCAGAGUUUCAAGGGCGUGUGAUGGUCCUGCCUUUACCGACAGAGUCACCUCGACCGUUUCCGUUUUAUCGAUGAACAAACGAACAAAAUCGGCUCCAACUUUAACAGUGUACUACAUUUUCAUCGCGGAAUUUACGAUUAAGCAGACUUGGGAAACAAGGAAGUUUCACUUGUUAUAGAAUUAAUUUCAAGGUCAUGUGACAGUUCUACACUCGACAAACGACUGACAUCAUUCUUAUUCUCCGUUUACUUUGCAAACGAAUGAACGGAAUAUGCUUAAAAUUCGAUAAUACAUUACUUUUGUAUUGCGACAUUUAAGAAUCAUAGAAGUAUUAAAAAUUAUUAUACGAACGCUCCGAUUUACAUGAGCGGAAAAAUGUGGUUGAUGUGAUUAAGUUCAGAUAUAGAGAACGAGCUACUUUCGGUUCGUUGGUUACUCAAUGAGCUAGCCGGGCUGCUCAAAUUAGGAUACUGUUUGGUAAGAUCGGUUUAAGGCUGUGUAACAAUCAAAACUUCACCAACUGAGUCAUCCCGACAAAUAAAUGACCGGAAUCGGGUCAAGUUUAGACGGUGUAUUGAUUUUUCGUUGCACAAUUAAAGAAUCUUACUCAUACCAGUUACGUACUCUUUCCGAGUAAUCGUCAUACUUGCGUAUAGUUUGUUUUUGUUAAUUAUUCGUAAGUGAUAUAGACAAAGCAUUUCGAGCUUCACACUUUACACUUUCUGAAUAAAGGUUACAUAUAGUUCGAACAGUCUUUUGGUUGACAAAAUGCGGUAUUCUUAAGGGUUUUACAAUUCUCUCUUCUUGGAGCAACGAAAUCGUAUCAAACUUUGAAGAAUGAUAGUGUUUGAAAUUAUGCUCAUAUAUUGGCUAAAAGCGAUUCGAAAAAUUGAUGGAAACACUGAACAUGUAAUAGAUUCUUAUUUAGUUUGAGGUUAUAUUACGCUACUGAUAUCCGAAUCCUAUGUUUUCCAUAUUUUUACAUCAAUUUUCGAAUUUUUUUUCAGCCAACACACAAACACAAUAGUAAAUGCUAUUAUAUUCCAAAGUUUCAAAUAAUUUCCUCACUCUGGAAAAGAGUAGCUUCGUGGGCACUGCGAUCGGCCCUUAAUUGAAAAUUCAACGAUUUUUUGGUUUGCCAUGUUUCAAAAAUUUUAAUAUCAAUAAUUAGAAACUAAUGGCGAACGGUUUUGGGCUAUCUUUUCAGAAAUUGAAAAAACAGAUUAUCAACGCGGCGUUGACUACAUGCAAUUGAAAUAAAUUCAUUAUCCAUUUUUUAGACUAACCGAUUAAAAUUUGCAAGGUUUAAGAAUAAUUUCGACUUUCGAGUGUGGAUUCAUAUGAAUUUUUGUGACUAUAAUUGUAAAAAUAUCUGUAAAUAAGGUUAUAAUUAUGUAUUAUAUUACGAUACACGUGCCAUUUUCCAUCCGACUCUUUUUCUCGUCAAUGUAACUAAAUGUUUGCGAGUAAUCGUGAGACAUAUUUUCUUUUUUAUAUACGUUACGUUGUAAUAGGUUUAGAUGGGAGAUAUGAAACAGAAUGGAAGAGUUUCGACAGUUGUAAUAAUUUUAAUAGCAAAACAAAACUGCAAAUAAUUUGUAAAUGUGAAAAAUAAA